AGCAAUCUUUAGCCCCGAAUCUGCACCGCGCCCCGGUGAUGCGGCAACGUUGAUGGACCCGCAGAAGAAACUGCGGUUGGACCUGCCGGUGCACCAUGUGGAUGCCCAGCUUCGAUGCCACUGGCAUGCCAACCUUUGUGAAUCCCAUGCAGAUGGUCCCCAUGGCAUGGAACCAGGGACAGGAAGAAGAACAGUUGGCAGAAAAGCUUCCUGCAGGAGACAAGACAGCGGAUCGCGACGUUCGACGGCUUGGAAGCUUUUUCGGCAUCGACCAACAAACACUGGAGAGGCUCGAUGAGUUCCUGGAAAGGCGAAAGGACUCCAGGGAGAGGGACUUAGCCAAGCUCUACGAGAUCCUUGAGACGGCGCGCAACCCCUCGCGGCUGCUGAUGGCCAAACUGGACGAGAUGGAGGAUGGGCAGUUCGUGACCAACUUCAAGCGGGAUGAGAACAUCGACAGGCUCUGCGAGCAGUACAAGCUCAACGAAGCUGCCAGGUGUCGGCUGGUGGAGUUACGGGUUCGGCGGAAGAGUACGCAAGAAGAGGACCAUGCUCGACUUCAAGGGCAUCUGCAGCUGUGUUCAGAUCCCUCCUACACCGCUGUAUCCCUGGUGAAGAAGGUGACGCAGGGAAGGUUGUCGGAAGUGCCAGACCUCACCGCAGCUGAAGCCUUGUUGCAACACUUGGACCAGACAGCCGCCCGAAAGCUGCGGGACGUGGUGGAGAAACGCGCCACCACCGAGGACCUGACAGCGGUACUGGCGCAGAUCAAACAGGUCUUCGAUGUGGCCUUUAGUCCAAGUGUGACCUUUAUGAAGGUGGUGGACACCUAUCUUGCUGGAGGUCUUCUGGAUGCGAACGCCAUUGAGGUGAUCCGCUUGGAAUCCAAGCAGCAGGCGCGUGCCGUGGAACGGCAGAAGAAGGCGCAGAAGAAAAAGGAGAAGCUGGAAAAGAAGCAGAAAAAAGCAAAGAAGAGCAGUUCCAGUUCCGGCUCUUCCAGUGACUCAUCGUCCAGCGAAUCUUCAGGAAAAAAGAAGAAAAAGAAAGCCAAGAAGGUAAAGAAGAAAGGCAAAACCAAGAAGAGCAAAAAAGACAAGAAGGGAAAGUGACCUCAACAUCUUCGACGCCGUUGGCGCCUCCAUCGGCUGACGACGAGGAGACGGAGGAUUCCAAGGCGUAGAGCUGCAUCCAUGGCGUGGAAAGCUUACGAUUUCUCGGGCCCGUGGAGUUUCCCUGGCGGAAACCAUUGGAAAACCCAUCUGGACUUUGAGGUGCUGGGAAACACUGGCGAAAGUCCAUAGAAACGCGCAGGUGUUGAUCCUAGUUGCAUCGGCGCGAACUGGCAAGAAA